GAAAGUAAUGUUUUCGAUCGAUUCUGUUUCCCACUUAGAUCUCAAUAGGUCGUAGCAAGGGCGGGCUUUGAAAGUCUGUCACAAGUAAGGAGUGUUAUAUUCCUACUUAGACUCGGGUCUAAGCAGUUUUCACAGGUAACUAGGUCGUAGAAUCUCUUUCGAGUGUACUUUAAACGUACUAUCCUCCUGGACUGGAGAGAGCACGUCCUUCCUGAUUAAUCCCUGGAUUGCAAAUUGAGUAACAUUGGGUUUCUAUUUACAGCUAAAGCUAAGUAUCUGGUACAGGAACAUGAUGAUGUCGUACACUUGAUGGCACAACAUCCACAUUUAACUAGCUCCAUAAUAGCUGCAAGCGCUGGAGGCAAGUCAGAAGUAAUUGGAAUGUAACAUCUUUCUUCUAGCGUCCAGCCAUAAUCCAGAGAUGAAGAAUAAAAUAGGUCAAUAGCAUUAAUUGGAUGUAUUCCAAGAUGUUCAGGCUAUUGUCAACUGCGAGCUUCUUAUUCGUCGAAACCUUUGUGUGGUUGAAUCCGUCGAUUAGUAGUGCUGUUUCUUCAGUAUCAACUGUUAUUCCUCUAUCGGGUGAUGAUGUCAAACACCACUGUUCGAGCAUCUCAGGCUGUUCCUUUAUGGAAGGAGAAGCUAGGUGCGAUCCUGAUACAGAUACAUGUGUUUGUGGAGAUGGAACGAUUGAGGUGGCAACGGUCGAGAAAACAUUAUGUGUAAAUAUUGUGCCCUUGGGAAGAAUAUGUGACUACCACGAGCAGUGUAUAGCGUUCGACAUCAACAGCAACUGUGUCGAAGUAGGUGGAAGUUUAAAACGGGUCUGUCAGUGUCGUCAUGGCUAUAAAGUUGAAGUAUUCAGUCUAGAUCCAUUCAAACGUUGUAUGGAAAAUCCAGUGGAACAAACAGAUCCCAUGAGUCUUCGUUUUGGUGAAGGAAGUAUACUUCCCAUAGUUCUUAGCGUACUUGCUGCAAUCCUCGUUUUGCUUGCUCUAGUUUGUGGAAUUUUUCAUCUCCACAAAUGGAGGAAGAAAAGGGACCAGGUACUUAGUAAUCCAGAAGCAGAUGAUUCAAAAGAAAUCAAUGUUUUGAGUGCAAAUGGCGAUGUUUUCCAAGCGAGCUCUUCCUACAACCCACAUAUCAGAAGAGAAGAGGAUGCCACAGGAUUUGAACCUGUUUAUAUGAUGGGACUAUAAAUGCAUAAUUGCAAACUGAAGAGCAUUCUGCCUAUUAGCCCUUAUAAAUUUGUUGUUUGUUCAUUCGAAUUAAUGUACAGUUUGUGUGCCUGUAGCUGCUACAAAAUACUCUCGUUUUCAUGUGUUUCGAGUUAAGUGCCCUUUUUAAAUUUGUAUUCAGAAUAUGAUUGGAAGGUUCAACAAAUUUUGCUUUGCUAAUGUACUAAAGGUCUUGUAUUACGAACGUUACGUAAUGUUAAAACAUUUUUAACUUCUUGUGUUGUUUAUAUGAUGAACAAAACAAUGGUUAUUUGAAUAAUUUAUGUAAUAGUAGUUGGUUAGGAAAACUGUUCUACAACUAAGAUUUGAGAAUUUAGGAACAACCAAGCAAACAAAAAAAAAGUAGACCCAUCAUGGCGUUUGCCUCUAAUUAGACUUAAAAUUACAAAUAUAAAUGUUCAUUAUUAGAAACAUAAGUAAUAGAAUCUAUUAUUUGUUGAGAUGUUUUAUUUCAAAUGAUGUUAUUGCCCCCGAUAUUUGAGCAAGUGAUUUUCUUUACUUUGAUGUUUAGUUUAAAGGAACAUCUGAACGCUUUAAAAUACAAACACACAAAUAAUGCAGUAAUGUAGAGAAACUUCUAAUUUUUUUUUAUUUGGAUCAAUUUGGGAAAAUUGAAAUAUUUCUUAGCUACAUUUACAUGAUCUGUAGUUGUAAAUGUAUCAGCGCUUUUGUUUCCACAGUUUUUUUCACAGUUCUUAUUAAUUUGUUUUACAGAAUUUUCCGUCUCCAUCCUAGGUCAAGCAAAUUUUGUACUUAACUUGUUCUUAUAUAGUUUUAAUAUUCCAGACAGACAACAAUGUUGAAAUAACUUAAAUAAUAUUCAAAAAGGAAAUGAUAAUUCAUCGAAGGAUUCGUAAAGUAAAUCUCUAAAAUACAGAAAAAAAUAAGACAGGCCUCAUUUUACCGAAUAAAAGAUACUUGUAGAUAUGGGUCGAUCGCUUGAUGCAGGUACAUUACUUGAAUUGCACCCAUUGAUGACGAUUACACCUGUAGGGCUACCUUUCUAGACUUUUAAGUGUACAGAAAUACUGGGUAAUCACAUGCUAGGAAUGCGUGUUAUAACAAUAAAUAAGGCUUAGUGUAAAUAAUUAUGCUUUAUUUAGAAUUUUGUACAUGAGAAUAAACGGUAAAGUUGUCUUUUAUUUAGCAUGGAACUUGUCAUUCUUAUAUUUAAGUACAAGACUUAAUUCUAACACAAUUUUGACUUGAGUGACUUCCUUAAAAUCAAGAAAAGUGCCUGCUUCGUGUGAGUAGGGGCAAAGACACAAAUAUAUUAUAUAUCUGCUACGUUUGUAGCAGUAUUUUCGUUUUCGAAUUUCCCAUAGAGAAGAGAAAGCAUUAAUAUUUAAUAAUAUUGACCAAUUACAGAAAUAUCUUGGGUAUAACAUAGUAUUGCAUAGUUCUUGACCAAAAACACUAUAUGUGCAAACCAAUUAAAUUUGACAUUGUACAGACUUUAGUAAUAACGAUGAAAAUAAUUUUAUUGAUGUGAAAGGAAUAUGUGAUCACUUAAUAAGUGUGAUUGUGAGUGCAACUGUUUCUUUAUAUUAAUUACUAUUAAAAAUAAGAAUUUUUUUAUUUUUUAUUUUUGUUUUGUUGUUUUUGCAAGCAAGUGAUCUAGUUUCUAAGUUUUACAAUACGACGACUCGCAAAAAAUUACCUGGUCAACAGAAAACCUCCUGGAUUACUUGGACUGACAUAUUCUGUCAUUUGAUAUAUGUGUUCAGAUUUUUUAUAACAUAUAUCAGAAGAUAAUUAAAGCUGUAACCUAAAACAGAACAAUAAUUGCUUCAAGUAAAGAAGAAAUACGAUUAAGUAAAACCGUGUAACAUAACAGGUUAUUGUUAAUAAUAAUAAUUAAAAUAACUCAGAAGAAUAUUAAAAACAUUUUUAUUCAUUUAUGCUAUUAUAUAAAUAAUUCAAAAAAUAUUAAAACUUUUUUUUUUUUAGUUUCAUUUAUGCUAUUAUGUACCACUAAUUUUCACAAAAGUUGAUGAAAAUGUGUUCGUUUUCAAAGGAAUUGAGAGCAAAACUUCUAAAGUUGAAACCUAAUUGUAUGGUAUUAUUUAAACCUGGUAGCCCCCCUCCCCCCCAGUGGCACAGCGGUAUAUCUGCGGACUUACAACGCUAGAAACCGGAUUUCGAUACCCGUGGUGGCCAGAGCACAGAUAGCCCAUUGUGUAGCUUUGUGGUUAACUUCAGACAAACAAAAUUAGACAAAGUUUACCUGGUAACAGGGAGAAAAGGAAAACUCGACUCAUAACAUAUUUUGUGAAAUAUUUUUGUUUCUUCUCCAAGUUUGUCCAUUAAAGGCAUUGUUUUUUGUUUAUUCGUUUCAUAGUAAGAUAUGACUGUGACGAUAAAAGCCUUGUUCAAAAGCAUUACGAACAUACAUUAUUAAAUAUAAAAUAUUUGUACUAUAGUAUGUAGAUAUUGACGUUUUGUAUUUCUGUAUAAAGUAUCAUUUGGAUUGAUUAAAAUAUAAUGGAACUGCAUUUCAAAAUAUGUGUUUUUUUAUGUUGGAACUAUGUACAGUUAAAAUCUGAACGGAAGCCUAAAUACGUAAAAAAUAUAAAUUAGUCUAAGAAUAUUGAAGAAAGGUAUAUGCCCUAUAAGUUUCAAGACGAUCGGCCCGAAAUAAAGAAAUGGCGCAUCAAUGUACGUGCUGAAAAGAAAAGAAGAAAGAAACAUAGGAAGUACAAAAUGUCUGCCUGCUUAUGGGAGAGACAUAAUGAACUAUUAUUAGGACUAAUUUCAAAGGUAAUUAAUAUGUUUGUAUUCACCAUUCAUUUUCGAAAUUAUGCUAUUUCAUCAACGAAAUGUAAUGUUAAUCUUAGUGUUACAACGUAGUAGAUUUGUUUGCUUUUAUAAUUUUGCUGUAAUAAAAUAAAUUUACUUUAUAUUA